AUGCAAAGGAAAAUGAGCAGUUCUGAGGAGGUGUCGUGGAUUUCAUGGUUCUGCGGCCUUCGAGGAAAUGAGUUCUUCUGUGAAGUUGAUGAAGAUUACAUUCAAGAUAAAUUCAAUUUGACAGGGCUUAAUGAACAAGUUCCUCACUACCGACAAGCACUGGAUAUGAUUUUGGAUUUAGAACCAGAAGAUGAAUUGGAUGAUAACCCAAACCAGUCUGAUCUUAUUGAGCAAGCUGCUGAAAUGUUAUAUGGUCUUAUACAUGCUCGCUAUAUACUCACAAAUCGGGGCAUAGGUCAGAUGAUUGAGAAGUAUCAGUCUGGUGAUUUUGGUCACUGUCCUCGUGUUUAUUGUGAAAGUGAGCCAAUGCUACCCAUAGGCUUAUCUGAUGUACCUGGUGAGGCAAUGGUAAAGACAUAUUGUCCGAAAUGUAUGGAUGUUUAUACCCCAAAGUCAUCACGCCAUCAUCAUACGGAUGGAGCCUAUUUUGGCACUGGUUUUCCUCAGAUGUUAUUUAUGGUUCAUCCUGAAUAUAGACCAAAACGGCCUGCCAAUCAGUUCAUCCCAAGACUAUAUGGAUUUAAGAUUCAUCCCCUGGCUUACCAAAUUCAACAACAGGCAGCUUCUAAUUUUAAGGCUCCAGCACGUGUAAUGAGCUACAACAAUGGAAAACGCUAGAGUGAUAGACUUCUGGAAGUGUGUCAAUCUGGUAACUGAGAAAAUGUGUAAUAACUGCAAGUGAAAACGGACACUUAGACUCUUGAAUGAGAAAUACAUAAGAAUAGUAGUUCAAUGUUCACACCACCUGUCUACCUUAUUGGUUUUAGUUAUAUGUUUUCAUCAAUCAAUUACACAAAUUUUGGAAACUGGUUGAAACAGAGAAGGCAGCGUCAUGCAGAAAUGGUGAGAAAAGGAGGACAACUCACUCCCAGUGGUGUGCCAUAUGGGAAAAAGAAAGGUUUUGGUAUGAAAAAAGCUAUGGUAAAUAUUCAGUGUAGGAGAAUUAUGAAGGAAAUGAGUACUAUUGGCUAGUGUUUUCAGGUUUUAAUAUUUUUUGUUCUGAUUGCGUUAGCAUUGUAUAUACUUGCCUUUGUUGAAAUUACUUUCACAAUUUUGUCAUGUCUCUUGUUUUUACAACAUCUGAUUGGGCAUGAUGCUAUACAGGGCAAUACAAUACAAGCAUUCGUUCUUGGGUGUAAUUUGGUUGUUUCAUGUAAAAUUACUGGAAAUGUGUUCAACAUCAUUUUUGUGCAGGUUCCUGUAGGGAUGUGAGAGAUGAUCAGAUACCUAUCUUCUAUUUCUGCAAAAUGUGGCCUUCCCCUUCUGCUAACUUUUAUAUAUAACUACAGUAAUGUUGCAUUGCUGAUAUUUCAACUGUUUUCUCUCAUUGUUUUUUGUUGUUUUUUUCUUCUCUUUUUAAAAAGGGUUGGUGUAAUUGUUUCAAUUUGUUGACUGUUAAAAUGAGUACUUGAUUUUUGUAAGCCGAUAAGAAAGAACAUUUUGAGCAUUUUUGUGCCCUGCAUUGAAUCACAAGUAUUUAAUGCCUAUUGUUGGAACCUUGCAAGUUUGUUUUUUCUUGUAAUUUAUAUCAAACAUGUAUACUAAAUGCAUAAAGACGAGCUUUUAACCUCUCAGUGAUCUUUAAGUUUAUAUAGGAGACAUUUCUUUUUGUGUUCUGUGUUAGAUAUCAUUAUUAUAUCUGUCGUAGGUUAUGAGACUACUGAGAAAAAUACAUAAAUUUGUUUGAAGACAUGUUUAUUUUUGUGAAUUUUAGAAGAAUUACUUUCAGUAGACUCUUAUAUCAUCCUGUACUUUCAGUGAAAACAUUUCUACAUCAGUUUCACUGUACUGGAAUUGUAGUGUUGCAUCAAGACAAGAUUUUACACGAAUUGUUUUCAAAAUGCACUGUAGUGCAAGUUUAAAAGUGUACUGUUGACUUCGUUAAUUGGAACCACUGCAGUCUUAGGUUUCUGUCAAUAAUGAAAGACUAACAACUGUGUGAUUUGGUUUUUGUUUCUUGCUCCCAUGUAUUAAAUAUGAAGUAAAAUUGUGCAGUGUUGAACAUUGCCAGAAUUGUUGUUAAAGGAAGCAUGUUGCACUUGCUAAGAGACCUCUGACCAGUGUUUGUGUGGAAUACUGUUGAUACCAAACAUAACAUUGGUUCAUGUUACAGUUGUAUUUCUUGUAGGAAUGAAUGGUAUCCAUGCUAGCAUCAAUAGCUGAGCAUUGGGCUAUGUCAUAGUAGAAAGUUCUGUACUCUUCCAAAUAGUGAAUGGUGGAUGUGAAUUUUGAAAUGUACUGCAUUUAAUAUUUGUUGUGGGUCUCCCAAAAAUUUAUAAUGCAGUCAUAACAUGAUGCAUCAGGUUUUUUUUUUCUUCUGUAGAUGAACAAUUGUGAAAGAUAAGUUUUUUUAAAUCAUCUGUUGUGAUUGCUGAGUAAAUUUUACUUGUUCCACCUCAAAUAUGUUAAAAUGUUGCCUCCUGUUAUUACUACUUCGAAGGGAAUAGGAUAUUGAUGGGAUAUAGAUAUUAAGAAUUGGCUUGAAAAUUGGAUGUAUGGUUGUAUUGGUAGGAUUUGAGCCAUUCACUAAUUGAACAUUUGCAAAUCUUUUGUUAUGCUGCGGAACUGUACUAGGUAUAUUGUGUGUAUGGGUGUAUAGAUGGAAACAAAUUUUAUAUGCAAAAACAGUAAUAAUCUAUCCAUUAAGAUGUGCAUAGUUACACAGAAUACCAGUAGUAUUUUGCUUUCAAAGAUUUUACAAACAUAAUACAAAUAAUAUAUGUUCAUUUUUUCUACAGUUUUUAAGUGCUAAAAUAUUACUUUUUAUUAUGAUUUUUUACAGUGCAGUGUAGUAUGGGAAAACAUCUAUGCAAAUGUUGCACUAGUAAAUAGCUAGUUACAUAUGUUUGCAUUUCCAUGCUUAUGACAUAGCUAUUGUUUAUUGUAUUGGUAUUGCUGUGUAAAGUAGCAACUGCAUAUUUUGAGAAACUGGUUUCCUUUCUGAGAUUUUAAAAACAUAUAUAUGAAUUUCUAUUCUGAACUAUUUAUAUCAUCUUGCCAUCAUACUCUAUGUACCAGGUCUUGAAAUCUACAAACAUGUCAGAUCUAUAAAUGUGUCUUUUUCUUUGUGUCCCUCUCGGAAUAUUCAAUCCUAUUUGAAGAUACUUAAUAUUCCUGAGAGUACAUCAGGCUUUGUAAAACAAGGAAGGGUGUUUCAAGUCAUUGUAAAAUGUCAAAACUUAAACAUUAUUAACUUAUUCAUGCUUUUAAUAACCUAUGAUCUUUAUUUGCAUUUUAGGAAAAAUUAACUUAUAUUUUUUGUUCAGAAAAAUGCUGGUUUACAUUAAAAUUUAUGUACCUGUAUGAAUGGAAAAAAUAUGAUGAAACUAAGUUUGAAUAUGAUUUUGAAGGGCUUGAAAAUGAGAGGUAAUUAGAGAUCAACUACUGUGUUCUGUUUACAGCAAUGUGCUAAAUAAGUUAAUUUUUUGGAGCAAUUAUGAUUUUCAAUUCAUUCCAUGAAUUGUUACAUAUUCCAGAUCCUAGUUUUGUAACUAAGGUGCAGUGUAUUAUAAUGUUAACAGGAGGAUAAAAAUUUAGUGAACACAUUGCUGUCAAAUUCGAAUAUUCUUUAACCUUCACAUUGACACUACCUAUAAAAGGUAAUAUGUGGGUUGCCAGUGAUAUAUUUGAAUGUAUAACCAAUUAUUGAAUUCAAAUUUUUGUAGCUGAUUAUAAACAAUUACGUAUUUGAACAUACAUUUUCUCUAUGCACCUUUGAUAGAUUAUGAAAAUAUUCAUGUAGAGUACCAUUCCACAUGUUAUAUAGAAUUUCAUUGCAAACUGUUAUUAACAAUUGGAAGAAAUCAAUCCUCUAUUACUAUUCCAUUUAUUACUGGAAAUAAUUGACUAUAUAUCUUUCUGUUCUGGUAUGGAUCAGUAAUCCUCUUUGAAAAUUGAAUUGAUGCCUUAUUUUAUGUGCCUAUGAGGCCUGCUCUACCGUCGGGCCACGCAGAUUUCGCUCUUACCUUUCACCAAGGUAUUUUUGAGUGACGAAACAGACCAUUUGAAUUUAGCUUAGAUGCUUCAGUUUGGCUUGAGGAUCUUUUACAUUCAGUAAAUCUACUAAGAUGGGACAGCUGGCUUUACUUCCCCUAUGAAGGAAGGUGUAUGAACGAUUUUUUCACCUUUAGAAAUCCAUGGCUUCGAUAGGAUUUGAAACCAUGAACUUGGGUAUAACAGUAAAAUGCGCUGACCGUUACACCAUCACCAUGGCAGAAAAUGACUGUCGCUACUUUUCAAUGGUGAUUUUUCUACCAAAGCUUCCUGAACGUUAUCUUGUGUUAAAUAGUCGACAAGAAUUACUAAAUAGUGAAAAAGGACAUUAAUUUAAGGUAAACGUGUGAAGGAUAAACAUUUUCCAUUGUAGCAUAUAGGUAAAUCAUGUGCUAUGAGCCAUGUCCUUAGUGAAGUUUUCAGUCUUGAGGCUGUGACAUAUUGCAAAUUUUCACCUCUGCAUUGCUCCACAUCAAUAGAACCGUAUUUAUCCGAUUAUAAAGUGAGGGCUCUUUCCUAAAUAUCUCACUCGAGAAGUAGUUUUCAUCUAUAUAUAGGAUCUAGUUUUACCAACAUAAAUCCAAUUGUGCCUAAUGGUUGGGCAUCUAAUUUUUACUUUGCCUUUGCAUGUCAAAAAACUUAAAUACUGAUGUAACAAUAUGCUACAAAGAUGAUAAAAACUGCAUGUAUCUAUAAUUCAUGAUAUUUGUGGAUGUAUCUUUGGCAUACGCUGAGUAUUUGCCGGUCGAUUUAGAUCAAUAUUUUUGUAGGGGUUUGUAAAGAUACAAUCUCAAAAACGGAUUUUAAUUGAAACAAUGAAAAUGAAUCAAAGUUGUUGCUGAGAUAUUAUUACACAAUUAAGGCUGCACCAGUCUCGUUUCAACAUUUGAUGAGUGUGAAUCUGCAUUCCCCUACUGUACUCAACAAAAGAAGUGGAAUCAAUUUUAAAAAAUUUAUAAAAAAUUCCCAAACUGAAAUUUGUCUCUCUCUCUUUGAUGUUAUCCACAUGGAGAUCUUUGAGUUCAUUUCUUGAUCAUGCAAAUAUUAUACAAUAUGAAUUUCAAGUUAAUGGUUGUUAAAGAAUCGGAGACAAACAGGAGCAUGGUAGGAAGAAAAUCUGGUGACGUAAUGGAAUGUUCUUUGGUGGCGUAAGUUGAAAGAUGAAAGUUGCAAAUUAAAAGCUCAGAACUUAUCAAGAGGGGCAAAAACGUCAAGAUAAUGUAUUGUGGGGAGGAUUGGCAAGAAAGACUUAAAAAAAAAAAUUUUUGAAGAUAAACAUGGUAGUGAUGAAAAUUAUUUUUAUAA